AUGGCAGCCCACCUGCUGUCCUUUUGUGCUCUCUUCUUGACCUUGCUGGGAAUGGCUCAAGGCUCCAAGGACCCUGUGAUACCCUACCAGCCCUUCACCACCAUAUGGAAUGCCAACACCCAAUGGUGCCUGGAGAAACAUGGAGUGGAUGUGGAUGUCAGUGUCUUUGAUGUGGUGGUCAACCCAGGGCAGACCUUUCGAGGCCCUGACAUGACCAUUUUCUACAGCUCCCAGCUGGGCACUUACCCCUACUACACAUCUACUGCAGAGCCAGUGUUUGGAGGCCUGCCCCAGAAUGCUAGCCUGGUUGUCCACCUGGCCUAUGCACACCAGGACAUUCUGAUUGCCAUGCCUGCAUCCAACUUCUCAGGGCUGGCGGUUAUUGACUGGGAGGCGUGGCGCCCACGCUGGGCCUUCAACUGGGAUGCCAAGGAUAUUUACCGGAAGCGCUCACGGGCAUUGGUACAGGAACAACAUCCAGAUUGGCCAUAUUCUCAGGUAGAAGCAGCAGCCCAGAACCAGUUCCAGGAGGCUGCACAAGCCUGGAUGGCAGGCACCCUCCAGCUGGGGCAGGCACUGCGACCCAGUGGCCUCUGGGGUUUCUACAACUUUCCUGACUGCUAUAACUACGACUUUCUAAGUUCCAACUACACAGGACAAUGUCCACCAGGCGUUGUUGCCCAGAAUGACCAGCUGGGGUGGCUUUGGCGUCAGAGCCGUGCCCUCUACCCCAGUAUCUACCUGCCUGCUGUGCUGAAGGGCACAGGGAAAGCACAGAUGUAUGUGCGGCACCGCGUAGGUGAAGCUUUCCGUGUGACCAUGGGUGUUGGAGACACUGACCUACCGGUGCUGCCCUAUGCCCAGAUCUUCUACGAGAUGACAGAGCAUUUUCUAUCCCUGGAUGAGCUGGAGCACAGCCUGGGGGAGAGUGCAGCCCAAGGAGCAGCAGGAGUGGUGCUGUGGGUGAGCUGGGAGAACACGAGAACCAAGGAAUCGUGCCAGGCCAUCAAGGAGUAUGUGGAUACCACACUGGGGCCCUUCAUCCUGAAUGUGACCAGUGGGGCUUUUCUCUGCAGUCACGCCCUGUGCUCAGGCCAUGGCCGCUGUGUCCGCCGCGCCAGCCACCCUGAUGCCCUCCUCUUCCUCAACCCUGCCAGUUUCUUCAUCCAGCCCAAGCCUAGUAGUGGUGGGCCCCUGACCCUGCGGGGUGCCCUGUCUCUUGAAGAUAAGGCUCAGAUGGCUAAGGAGUUUGAAUGUCGCUGUUACCAUGGCUGGCAGGGAACAUGGUGUGAACAGCAGGGCCCAUGGUGA